AAAUAUAUAUGUGAUAAGUAUGAUAUUUAAUUAUACUUGAUAUCAAUCAAAGAUGAAAAUGUAUUAAUGCGGACGUGAGUGACCUGCAGAUCCACGUUGGGCACCGGAAGGUGUGUAAAAAAACACACUUGUAAACCUGUGUUAAACACUUUUAAUUUCUCAGCAUUGAUGUUUGUAAAGUCGAUAAUGCUGUAAGUUAUGGAGGGGAUUGUGUGUCGUACUGCAAGCCGGAUUAUAUCAAGUCAAGCUUCAUGUAGCAUUGUGCUUACUGUCAGACACAGUCACUGGUUCACAUCAGUGCUUUACCUGAAAACCUCAAUGCCAUUAAGAGCAGAACCCAAGAAGAAGAAGAAGGUGGACCCGCGGCGAGAGAUAAUGAUGAAAGAACAUCUGAAGAAGAAGCUCAAAAGGCUGGAGAAAGUUCCACCAGAACUGAUUCCCAUCGAAGACUUUAUUACACCAGCUAAGUGCUUUGACGAGACCAGGAUCCGUGACGCUCCUAAACUCUCUUUUGAGGAGAGCGAGCGCAGAGCCCUUCUGCUGAAGGAAUGGUCCAGAUACAAGUACAGCCAGCACCAGACGGAGAUGGACACCAUCGAGGAGGCUCUGGAGGCCCAGAGACAAGCGCUGGACGAGCUGAAGCUAGAGCUUUAUAAAGCAGCGGUUAGCCCAGAUAUGGACUUGUUCCCUUUCCAGCGCGAGGGGCCCAGUUACACGCCUCCCAUUACAAACUAUGAGGCUCCAGAGGGCAAAUACAACAACAUUACACGAGUAUACACACAGUGAGCUUCAGGCCGGUGAUUUCAAUGACUUUUAGGUGGUCAGUGUCACGGAAUACAGACGCAUAAUUACAAAUAAAUGCAUGAUUAUCUAUUUACUAUCACUUCUGAUUUCUGUAGCACAAUAAAUAAGGUCUCUAGUGAAACAAUAAAAGCCAAACUCUUGUAAAAUUGCAUGUUUCCAU